GUGUGGCAGGAGUCUGCUUUAUGCAUAUUCGCUGGUAAGAAAGAUCACUCAGAGUUCAGUCUUAACAGCUUUAGAAAACUAAAAAGGAAAAGAGACACUAAGAGAAAAGUACGCCAUCCAUUCAACGGUGCCGUUUAUGAAAACCCCCCAACCUGGCGAGAGCAGCCAGGCGCCGCAGCCCUGCGCACCUCACACACCUGAACCGCAGCCUGGGCACGUCUCUGGCCCUCACGGGGCGGCUCUGCCAGCCUCUGUCCAAGCUGACGGUGAAACUCCAGCCACCAGCAGGGGGGGCGCUUGGACGGUCGGCACUGGGCACUGGGGAGCACGUUUACCCGGAUCGAUGGAGCACGGACAGGGCACGGGGCAGGCACAGGCGGAGUGCGGGGCCCUGGGGGAGGAGGGCCCCUUGGCCAGUCACCAGCGCCCGCCAGGCAGGUUCUCCAGCGGAUUCAGGGCCAGGAGACAGCAGAGCCGAGACGCUGCUACCACGAGAGCAGAAAAACGACUGAUUCUGAAUUCACUUGCCCAAAAUACCUGCUAUUUCUUGGGUUUAAGUUUCUUUCUACAAAUGUCUGUGAAAUUCCUGGGUUAAAUUCCCUCUGUAUAAUUCACAUGCUACUCUCUAAAUUUAGGAAAUUUAGGGUUUGGUUUUAAACCAGUCAGUUACUGAAACAAGCCAGAAUAUUUAAGUUUCAACAAAUGACAGGUUAGUGUCCAAAAGAGAAACAAGACCUAUUUACGAUCUCUUCAAACUUCAGAAAAACCUGUAUCAGUGAGUGAAGAACAGCAGGUAAACUGGGAGCCUGGAUAAAAGCGCUUAGCGGGACUGAGCUCAUUGCCGCCGUGUGGGAGAAAAGAGGCCAGCAAAAAAAGGGUUAACACUGGCCUUGUAGGGAGGCCACCCAGCGCAGUCCAGAGCGAAUGGGCGGUCUGGGAAGCCUAUAAAGCCGGCUGGCUGCUGGGCAACUCGCCCUGGCCGUCUUGUCAGCGACAAUGACAGGCACCCUCGCAGGGCAGCCCUGCCAGCCCGGUCUCCGCUUCCACUCCAUUCUCCGACGGGUGGAGGUGCAGAAUGACCACGGCCCGCAGGAAGGGUCCAGCCGCACCUCCUGCCUUCUGUGAGCACGGUCCUGAGGCCGGCCGAGGAGCCCUCUGAGGGAGAGGAGAGGGGGCUGCCCAGAAGUGACACCCGUGGGGGUGGCCAGCCACGGCACAGGUGCCCAGGGAGGGAGCAGCAGGUGCGGGGCAGCACAGCGGCCAUGCCCACAAGCGAGCGAGGGCGCUCCUCCGCACGCAGACGUUGACCUCAUCUGUUUGCUCAACUUUCUGCAAAACAAACCCAACUGUCGCAAGGGCUACUUGUGACGAGCUCUGGUUUUACAAAUGUCUGGCUCGCUGCAAAGAGCAGCGCCUUUCUUUCUGAAGAUGGAUUUAUUGUUUAAAACGGAUUUCUGUGGGCCUUGGGGCAAAUCCUGAAAGUGGCGCGUGGUGGAGACAUGGGAGUGACUCCUCCGGCGCCCGUCUUUGGCAUGGAGACGUACCCCGGCGUCUACAACAGCGCCUCCCCAGAGCUCAACCUGUCCCACGUGCUGGCCGGCGCGGCCCGGGCGGACCAGACGGGCGCGCUCUCGGAGCACCAGCAGUACGUGAUCGGGCUGUUCCUGUCCUGCCUCUACACCAUCUUCCUCUUCCCCAUCGGCUUCGUGGGGAACAUCCUGAUCCUGGUGGUGAACAUCAGCUUCCGCGAAAAGAUGACCAUCCCCGACCUGUACUUCAUCAACCUGGCGGCGGCAGACCUCAUCCUGGUGGCGGACUCGCUGAUCGAGGUGUUCAACCUGGACGAGCAGUACUACGACAUCACCGCGCUGUGCACCUUCAUGUCGCUCUUCCUGCAGAUCAACAUGUACAGCAGCAUCUUCUUCCUCACGUGGAUGAGCUUCGACCGCUACAUUGCCCUGGCCAGGGCCAUGCGCUGCGGCCUCUUCCGCACGAAGCAGCACGCCCGGCUGAGCUGCGGCCUCAUCUGGAUGGCCUCCGUCUCCGCCACCCUGGUGCCCUUCACCGCCGUGCACCUGCAGCACACCGAGGAGGUCUGCUUCUGCUUCGCAGACGUCAAGGAGAUCCAGUGGCUCGAGGUCACCUUGGGGUUCAUCAUCCCCUUCGCCAUCAUCGGGCUCUGCUACUCGCUCAUCGUCCGGGUUCUCGUCAAGGCUCACCGGCACCGCGGCCUGCGUCCCCGCAGGCAGAAAGCCCUCCGGAUGAUCUUCGCCGUGGUCCUCGUCUUCUUCAUCUGCUGGCUGCCGGAGAACAUCUUCAUCAGCGUCCACCUGCUGCAGCGCACGCAGCCGGGGGCCGCUCCCUGCACACAGUCUUUCCGCCACGCCUACCCGUUAACGGGCCACAUCGUCAACCUCGCGGCCUUCUCCAACAGCUGCCUGAACCCCCUCAUCUACAGCUUUCUCGGGGAGACCUUUAGGGACAAACUGAGGCUGUACAUUGAGCAGAAAACCAACAUGUCGACUCUGAACCGCUUCUGCCACGCGGCCCUCAAAGCGGUCAUCCCCGACAGCACGGAGCAGUCGGAGGUGAAGUUCAGCAGUGCGGCGUAGAGACAACUGAGCUGCACCCAGAGACAGCAGAACGUGGUGUCACUCACAGGACGGCCCCGGGGCGAGGUGGGAGACAGCCCGGCCACCUCACGCCCAGAGGUGCAUGAGAACAGGCCGUGAACUCACCAGGCCCCAGCCGCGGUCACACGUGGGGCUCUGAGAGACAAGCCCCCUUGAUCCUGCAUGGUCACACACGGAGCUGGACAUCCAUCCGCAUCACAGCAUGGGUCAGGGACCAACGGGAGAGGGCAUGGGACCAGUGUGGCACUCUCGCCCCUCCCUGCGCACACCGCAUCCACAGCCGCGGACGGUGCUGACGUUGGCCAAUGAACGCAAAGAGGAGGGGGCGCUCGGGAUGAAAUACCUAUAUAUCGGCCAUAAAUCUGCCACCUUGGGGAAAAAUGAAGUGUGGAGUCAGAAUACACUCAUCUGACCCACACGGGAUACUGUGGUGCGUGCUCCACGUCUGUGGCUGAUACUUUACUGGUGCAGGUCAACUGGCGCACCAGGAGGUAAAGAGGAAGAGGAGAAGUUUCUCCUGUGCACCCGAGCAUCUUCACCUCUCAGGCUGGCCACCUGGCCGCCACCUGGUGAGUGACAGCCUCGCACUGGGGCUGCCUUGGUCACGAGGGCUCUUCUGCAAUGGAAGGCCCGCCCGCCACUCUCCUGGACCCCCACCUCAUGGUGACAGUCUCUGCAUCCACCUUACCGUGGGACGAGCCUGUGAGAGGGAGCUCAGCGGGAUGCCACGAUGAGACACUGAGACGUGCGUGGUCAAGAGUUGGCCUCUACAAAAUGAUAGCGGGAACGACGAUGACGGCAAUGCAACCAGUUCUCAGCAGAACGUGAAAACAGAAAAACUAACGAGGGCUAGGAGUGUCCCGUUGUGUCAAUAAAAUAUAGUCACGUGCUGA